AUGACUACUAGACUCACCCAAUCUGCAUCUGUGGCGUCCAUCGCCCCGAAUUUGCCGGGAUCGCCACGAGAAGCAGCCACAGAACACAUAGCGGGCCUGAACCUGGAUGAGCAGCUUGCUGUUCAGGGCCUCAUGAUGAUGGCGCAGCGGCUGCCAUCGAGUGGCACAAAUACACGCACCCUAAGGCUUGCAGCACCACAUGCCGCUUAA